UGCGAAGCUGUGAAGUGGGAGACGGGGUGUAGGCGCUGUUAAGACAAGCGCAACAUGUCGAAACGAGGGCUGCCUCUGGUCCUUGUGGCCUACCUACUUGGCGUUCUUACCACCAGACAUGCUGCCGGCUAUAAAGUCGAGAAGUAUCCUCUCCUAAUGCCGAACGUCUCGCCGAAAACGCCGGAACUUUAUCUGUGCACACCAAUAAAAGUGGAUCCAGACAAGAACUACUAUAUUGUUGGAUUUGAACCAAAUGCUACGAUGGCCACAGCACAUCACAUGUUGUUGUAUGGAUGCUCAGAGCCUGGAUCACAGAAGCCUGUUUGGAACUGUGGUGAGAUGACAGGGGGAACUGAUUCUGCUUGGGAGGCUGCUAGUCCAUGUUCCAAAGGCUCACAAAUCCUGUAUGCAUGGGCUAGAGAUGCUCCAAAACUUGAGCUUCCAGAAGGAGUUGGAUUUAAAGUGGGUGGCAAAUCCCCUAUACAAUAUCUUGUACUACAAGUGCAUUAUGCCCAUAUUGAUGCAUUUAAAGAUGGAAGCACUGAUGAUUCAGGUAUAUUCCUGCACUUCACUGAAAGGCCAAUGAAUAAGCUAGCAGGUGUGAUCCUGCUUGGCACUGGAGGUGUUAUACCACCACAAGGUGUAGAAUAUAUGGAGACGUCUUGUGUUAUAAAGGAAAAGAAGACCAUACAUCCCUUCGCAUAUCGGACUCAUACGCACAGCCUAGGUCGUGUUGUGUCAGGGUAUCGAGUACGUGAAGAUUCAUCUGGUAGAGACCACUGGACCCUGCUAGGAAAACGUGACCCACUCACACCACAGAUGUUCUACCCGGUUGUCAAUACAGAACCCAUACAUCAUGGUGACAGACUGGCAGCCAGGUGUACAAUGUACAGCAACCGUAAUCGCUGGACUCAAAUAGGUGCUACAAAUGAGGAUGAAAUGUGCAACUUUUACUUGAUGUAUUGGGUUGAAAAUGGAUCUCCACUGGAAAAAAAGUACUGCUUCAGCUCUGGGCCCCCACUCUACAGUUGGCGUGAAUCAGAUGGUCUCAACAAUAUACCAGAUGAUGCUAGCCAGUUGGAGUAAGCUAAUUAGAAAAGAAUAGAGUAUUACUAAACCUGAAAGUAUUAGUAUUUGGAAAAUGAUAAUGAAUUUGAAGUAAGCCUUUAUCUACCCUGCACAAUCAGCGUCAUUGUCAGCAGCAUAAUAUUUUUUACAAUUUCAGAAGGGUUGUCUGCACUGAAAGUGAAAAGUGUAAAUGUGGUACAUUUGAAACUUCAUAACAAAAUAGAUGAAUGCAAGUACU